CACAUACAAUCGGCCGGGCCACAAUAUCAUUGACCAUUGGACGUAUGUAUUUUGUGGUGACGGUUGUCUAAUGGAGGGUAUCGGUCAAGAGUCCCUUUCUCUUGCCGGCCAUCUUGGGCUUGAAAAGUUUGUGUUGGUGUAUGACUCGAAUCACAUCAGCAUCGACGGAAGUACCGACCUCGCCUUCACCGAGCAACCGAAACAAAAGUACGAGUCUAUGGGGUUCCACGUCAUCAUGGUGGAUAAUGGUGAUACGGGCUUUGAUGCAAUUCGAAAAGCCUUUGAGGACUGCAAGAAGGUGAAGGGAAAGCCAAAGUUGAUUGUUCUCAACACAACAAUUGGCUUCGGUUCGGGACUAGCGGGUACUGAAAAGGUUCAUGGUGCCCCUCUUGGUGAUAGUGACAUUCAGCAGUUGAAACAGCGCUUUGGUCGCGAUCCUUCAAAGAAGUUUUACGUCGAGGAGGAAGUGUAUGAUGUUUUCAAGCAGCAUGUUGCCGUCUGCGAGCAGAAGCAUGAGGCGUGGAAAGCGGCGAUGAAGAAGUAUGCUGCUGAAUUCCCCAAGGAGGCCGCAGCACUGGAGGCACAAUUAAAGGGUGUGCUUCCCUCUGGAUGGAAAUCGCAGUUGCCGCUGAACGAUGCCUCGAAGAUUGCCACACGCAAAGCCAGCGAGAACACUCUGGGGACGCUCUUUUCUAACAUCUCGGGACUCAUUGGUGGAUCUUCGGACCUCACAACAAGCAAUCUCACACGUCCGAAUUCGGCUGCUUUGACUGACUUCCAGAAAGCCACUCCACAGGGUCGUUACAUUCGUUUUGGUGUUCGCGAGCAUGCCAUGUGUGCCAUUAUGAACGGUAUCCACGCCCAUGGUGGGUUUAUUCCCUUCGGUGGAACAUUCCUUAACUUUUUUGGCUACGCGCUUGGUGCUGUUCGCCUCUCCUCCCUGAGUCAUCACCAAGUUGUUUUUGUGGCGACUCACGACAGCAUCGGUCUUGGCGAAGAUGGUCCAACGCAUCAGCCGGUGGAACUCCUUGCAUUCCUGCGUGCUAUGCCAAACUUGCUGGUGUUUCGUCCGAGUGAUCAAACAGAAACGAGUGCGGCAUGGGCAUUGGCGCUUGAAAACGCGAAGGGACCAUCUAUUAUAUGUCUCAGCCGUCAGAAUACAGUGCCUCAAUCGGCUUCCUCCAUGGAUGGUGUUGCAAAGGGUGCGUACGUGAUUCAUUCCGCCGAUAAGCCGCAGCUCGUUCUUGUCUCCAGUGGCUCGGAGGUUUCUCUUGCGGUUGAUGCCGCGAAGGCGCUUGCAGCAGAGCUAAGAGUGGCAGUUGUUUCAAUGCCAUGCCAAGAGCUCUUUGAUCAGCAGUCCGUUGACUACCAGAAAACAGUAUUCCCCGACGGCGUUCCCGUGCUUUCCAUUGAACCGUAUGUCAAUUACGGCUGGGAGAAGUAUUCACACUACCAUGUUGGCAUGUCGGGCUUUGGCGCCUCUGCCCCAGGAGGGGAACUGUACAAGCAAUUCAACAUCACCACGGAGCACGUCGCUGCGAUGGGCCGGAAGUUGGCCGCCAAGUACCCCAACGGCAAUGCCCCAGAAAAGCGUGUGCAUUUGUGA